AUGAAUGCUCUUUUGGACUACGGUUCAUCAUCAAAUGAUUCCAAUACUUCUGACAGCAGUGACGACGAAAAGACACUAAAUGAAGAAAGUAAAGAUGUUGAGAAACCAAAACUGCCAAAACCAACAUUGGGUGAGAACAGUCUUCAAACAUCAGUAUUUGCAAACCCGUUUGCGCAAGCAGAAAUGGCCAAAGCAGCUAUCUUGGAGAAGCAUGUAAAAAUGGUUCCAGGUAGAGAUAAUAUGCAGAUGAUCAAUGGAAAGAAAAUCUGCUGGAAUUUUCGCAAGGGUAGAUGCAGAUUUGGACACAAUUGCAAAUAUGCUCAUGACUCUGACCUACAAAAGACUACGGAAGAGUUAGAAGCUGAAAAACAGAAAUUAAAAACUGUUGUAUGCGAAGGAAGUGGUACAAUGACAUGUACAGUUCCACCAGAAAUUGAAACAGAGGCUGUCAACUCAACUGAUGACAGCAUAUGGGAAGGAGGGGUUAGAAAAAAGAAAAAACGGCCAGGCUUAAGUGCAGGUCUUGUGCCAAGUCAAAAGGUUAUUAAAAUGUAUAAGGAGCAAAAGAUAAAGAAUUCAUAUAAGUAA